GUGAUCCAGCUGGCUUUCCUUAGCGCAGAAUGCAUCGUUCUAAAACCCAGCCACCCCGCUCUCCCGCUGUCUCUCUCUCUCUCUCGGUGGUCGUGGAACAAAGCUCGCUUAUAUAAUAAGCCCGCUCCUCACCCUCUCUUUUUCUCUCUGAGAACUCAAAACCCUAGGCCUGGAAGAGAUCAGAAGCCCCAAAAGUUUUCUAGGGUUUCUCGAGUUCCAGCGAUCCUGCCUCUCGAAUUUGAGCUUUGGGACUGAAGAUUUCGCUUUAUUAGCUGUUUUCGGCGUUCGAUUUCGAGUGGGGCGGCGGUAUUUGGGAGCAUAGUGGAGGUACUCGAAGGAAGGCAGGAGCCAUGAUGACGAUCUCCCCGGGGUCGCUCCCCAUAGGGUUCCGGUUCCACCCGACCGACGAGGAGCUCGUCAACGUCUACCUCAAGCGGAAGAUCUCCGGCCGGAUCAGGAACGACAUGGAAAUCAUCCCCGAGAUCGAUAUCUUGAAGUGCGAGCCAUGGGAUCUUCCUGAUAAAUCUAUUAUCAGAUCGGACGAUCCGGAGUGGUUUUUCUUUGCGCCGAAGGAUCGGAAGUACGCGAAUGGGAAUAGGUCCAACCGCGCGACGGAGGCCGGGUACUGGAAGGCCACGGGGAGGGACCGUCUCAUCCGGUCUAAGGCUGCGCCGGGCCGGCAAAACCUCAUCGGCAUGAAGAAGACCCUUGUCUUCCACCGAGGAAGAGCGCCGAAGGGCAUCCGGACCCGCUGGAUCAUACACGAGUACCGCACCACCGAGCGGGAAUUCGAGUCCGGCGAUCAGGGUGGUUAUGUCCUUUAUCGCUUAUUUAAAAAGCCAGAAGAAAAGGGUUCAAACUCCAAAGCUGAUGAAAUGGAGAAAAGUGGCUUCUCUCCAACCCCAACCAAAUCCUCUCCUGAUGGUACCCUGCAUGAAGAAGAUAGUAUGGAGGAAAUCUCAACCCCAGUAAAUCAAAAGUCUCCAGAAUCAGGUUUGCAAGAAGAGCCUCAAUCCUUGCCUGAUUCGGUUGAACAGCAGCCAACAGUUAUUAAGAGAUGGCUUACUGACAACAUUCAUUGUUCAGCAACUUGCUCUGUAGAACCAGAUGAGAGGUCUUGCAACGUUGCUGCAGAUAAUCAUGAUGCCAAAGCUGGAAUGCAUGAUGUCUCAACACAGUACCAUGGUCCACAUCAUCAGCAAAUAGAUUCUAAUGGCUUUCCGAAUUUCAGUUCCCCAAUGCUGCCUUGCACAGACGACCAGGAAUCCCCUAUGGAAGAUGUUGAUGAUGCCGAUCGGGACUCUUUUCAUGAGUUCUUAGAUGCAGUUCUAGGUAAUCCAGAUGAAUAUUCUCCUCGGGCAUCCGAUGCUCAGAAAAAUUCAGUUGCUGAGAGUGUGCCAAGACAUGGCAUCUGGGAUUCAGCAUCAUUCAGGGAUAGUGGGACCAGCAGCGAUAUCGAUACUGAAGCAGGACUACCUCAGGAACAUGUUAGUCUGGAAGCUUCUGAGUGGUCUGAAGAACCAUCUUUUCUGUUAAAUGAACUGUUACAGAUGAAUUCUUCUUAUGGAUAUCCAGAAACAGAACCCCAUCUGAGUGCACCUUAUGAAAAUGCAAGUUUACUUCCAUAUGAUAGCACUGGACCAGAUGUGUGCUCAGUGGACCCUGCCUCAGAAUCCUUGCAAUAUUUGUUUGAUAGCAUGGAGGCAUCUAAUAACCAGAAGAAUAUUGCAAAUAAUGGAGAUGGUCUUGAGGUGACUGGAAUUGAGUUCAGGCCUCAUCAACUGCAGCAUCCAUCAGAUUCAAAGAACAUAUCUGCACAACAGAGCACCAUAACAAGUAGGUUCCGUUUACAGGGUCCAGUUCAAAAUGUGUCAUUUGCCUUAGCUGGUAGUGAAUCAAGCAGCAGUGGAGAUGAUCAUGAAGACAAAGAGGCAAUGAGAAAGGCUUUGCAAGAUUUGUGUGAUAGCACUGAGGAAUCAUUGACCCAGAAGGAUACACCAAGUAAUGAAGAUGGUUUUGAGGGAACUGGAAUCAAGAUCAGGACUCGGAAAGCACAUCCUCCAAGUUUGAACAAGUUAUCAUCAAAGCGGGGCAGAGUAUUUGGAAGGAUUCGUUUGCAAGCUUCUCUUGAAGUGGGAUCAUUUUCCGCUAUUGCUGGUGAAUCAAGCAGCAGCAAAGAUGACCAGGUAGACAGAGAAUCAACAACAGAGUCGCUGCAGGCAGGAGAGCAUGUGGAUGACAAUCUUGCUGAAUUUAGGGAGAUCUCAAAGCCUGCUCUACUGGACAAGCUCGAACAGUUAUCUAUUCAUGAUGAUGCAACACACAGCUCAGAGUUGUAUCAGGAAUCAAAACCUUUGCUGAGGUUGAGAACGAAAGGCACUUAUGAUGAUGCAAAUGUCCUGAAAGACCCUCCCUCACACCCAGGAAUAUCAGGAACUGGUUCAGUUGUUGCUUAUGUUGUCCGGCUUGUUCUUGCAGUAAUCCUUCUGCUGAUGUGUUUUGGCAUAUGGAGGUGCAUAAACUCUCAAUAUGUGCCGAUAUAGCUAAAGUUCACUGUAUAAUUUUGCUUGCAUAGGGAUUGUCCCUUCACAUUCUCUGUAAAUAUGGAACUUCCUGACAUGUAGGGAACUUCAGAUGCUUACGGUGGUUUGUAUAUACCCUUAAACUUUCCUUCUUGUUUAUCAGUAAAUGUGAGCCUACCAGUUGUCAUGGUC